GCGACCCUACCUGGUUCCAGGGGCCCGUCUUGACCAGCGGGUGGACCGCAGUGUUUGAGGAGCUGGCACAUCCCAUCUUUGUUUCAAAUUUCCUCGUUUCAGAUGGACGCCUCACCCUUCUGCGGAGUCCCGCCCAUCGACAGUGACGACAGCUGCCUCAGUGACCGUGACAGCGACGAUGACAGCAGAGCGACUCCAAGUGACGACAGCAGCACUGAUGAAGACUCUGACUUGAAUGAUGACACAGCCGCCAGCACCGGGGCUCCCACUACGAGGCGGCAAUCGGCCGCCGCUUCGAGGAGAUGGGAAGAGGUAGCGUGGGACGGUGCGCAGAAGCAGAACUUCACAAAACAAUUCCCGGUUUGGCAAGGCACCCUCCCUGACGCCGAUGAAACCAGAGAACCCGUCCAAUACUUCCGGGACUUUUUUGACGCCGGGCUUUUGGAAACCAUCGCUCAACAAAGUAAUCUCUAUUGUGCACAAGAAAAUCCAAACUGUGCUCUGAGAUUGGAUCAGAGUGAGCUGGAGCAGUUUAUUGGGAGUGUCAUUUAUAUGAGUGUGGUACGCUUGCCGAGGUUAAGAAUGUACUGGGCCACUGAGUGUCGGGUACCGCAGGUGGCUGAUGUGUUGUCUCGAGACCGCUUUGAAGAAAUUUCAAAAUUCCUCCACUUCAAUGACAACAACCACAUGGCAGCCAGCAAGGACAAGCUUUUUAAAAUCCGACCUGUUGCUGAUUCUCUUCUCCAAAAAUUUCAGGCUCUCCCUCAAGACCAAAUGCUGUUUAUCGGUGAACAGAUUGUCCCUUUCAAAGGCAGAUCUAUUCUAAAGCAAUACAUGCCAAAGAAGCUACAUAAAUGGGGCUAUAAAAUUUUUGUACUUUGCGACACAAAAGGCCUGGUUCAUGCGUUUCAUAUAUACACAGGGAAAACGGAUCCAGAACCUGGGGAUCCUGACAUCGGGGCAAAUGGAAAUAUCGUCUUAAGGCUCGCAAAAGCCGUCCACUCCCCUGUGGAUCACCUGCUGUAUUUCGACCACUGGUUUUCCUCCUUGGAUUUGUUUGCUGCACUUGGGAAUAAGGGGGUACCGGCGCUUGGGACCAUGCAGGAAAACCAACUCCAGGGGUGCCGUUUCAGCAGCGACACAGAUAUGAAGAAACAGGGAAGAGGGACGUUUGAAGAGAGACGGGUCGCCAUUGACAACGUGGAGAUAAGAGCAGUCAAAUGGUUCGACAGUAGAGCCGUGAUCAUUGCCAGCAACUUCCCCGGCGCCCGUUCUGUUUCCAGAGUCAGGAGAUGGGACAAAAACUUGAAACACAAUGUUUUUGUGACAUGCCCAAGCAUCAUUAGCCUGCACCAUAAGUUCUUAGGCGGCUUCUAUGCUCUCAGAGAGCUUAUUGCAUCUAACCGCAUCCAGUUUAGGUCCAAAAAGUACUACCAUAGGUUCUUUUUCUACUUUAUCGAUAUAGUUAUUGUAAACAGCUGGCUGCUGUAUCAGCGGGACUGUGAUUCGCUGGAUGUUCCCAGGAAGGAGCAGAAGGAUCUGCUUGCUUUUAGGACAUCGAUAGCACAGGCACUCUGCAUGCAGUACGAGGAAAUUUCCAACAUUAAGAGGGAGCCGCCUUCAUCUGAUGUUGAAAUCCAGAAAAAGAAAUAUCGAGGUCCAAAUAAGGCUCUGCCGACGCUGGAAGUCCGUUCAGAUGCUGUGGGUCACUGGCCACUGGUUGUAAGUGAGCGGCGACGCUGCAAGCGGUCCAAAUGUAAAGGCCAGAGCACCUACACAUGCUCCAAGUGUAAUGUGCAUCUGUGCCUCAACAAGAACAACAACUGCUUUAGAGAAUUUCACAAAUAACAGUAGUUUCUUCUCUAGAGCAGAGGCAUCUUUAGGAUUCAAGCUGUAUUCCAAACACUGACGAAGGAACAGCGUCAAUGUUUAUUUUAAAACUCGUUAACUCGCUAAACUCGUUGAGAUGU